CUGGUAGAGCGCAUGCGCGGUAAGGGAUGAAGCUUCUCCGCUUUUUUUCGGCAGCUGGCGUGAGGUUCUGGAAUUCCAACAUGGCAGUAGAUGUGGUCAGUAAUUCUGUGGUGGUCAGUCUCUCCAGCCCUGACUUGGAAGCAUUCCAGAACAUCACCGACUCGGAGUAACCGCCAUCCGCCGCUCUCAGCAGCACGGCUGGACGCUUCGCCGUUCUCAGGCGCGGAACAGUUGGGGUUCCUGUCCGCCCAACACUGUUUGCAUGCGGUGUGUCAUUCAACUUAACUGAAAAACUCUUUCUCUACAAUACUCCUCCCUGUCUCUCUCCGUCACCUCGCUGAUGUCAAGCAAUAUGAUCAGCGGUGUAUAUGGCGUGACCAUGCAGUGGAGCCCUGAACAGUCACAGUGGGCGGAGCAACACUAUGACAUCACCUCGACCACUCGUUCGCCGGGGCAUAAGAUCGAAGCACUUAGGGAUCCAAGGCUAACAGGUUCGACCUCAACCGCAGCGUACCAACAUUCAUGGGCAAACGAUGACAUUUCAGCUCUGACGGCUUCUAACCUGCUCAAGCGGUAUGCAGAGAGAUAUUCUGCCAUCCUGGAUCUACCCUGUGAGAACGGACUUGUAGGAUAUCCAGACGCAGCCAUCUCCGUUAGCAUUAGGGGACCCGGUGUUGUGAAUAACGGGCCCCCCCUUCUCAAUGGACGGAAGGUGGAGGCAGAGCCCUGGCUGGAGAGCGUCUACCCUCCGUUCGGUUGCGUGCCCGAACUUCUUCCCAAAGCAGCGCUCAGCGUGUCGGAUGUGUCCGUCAGUGCGUGCAACUCCCCAGUUGUAGGCAGCGGAAGUCUUCCAGAAUCUUGUUUCUCCAGCAGCAGUUGUAACGGUCAGUCCGCGAAUCAGGAAUACAGCAGCACUCCCUACAGCACUCCCUUCCUGCAGCCUGUAGGAACUUACGCAGGCUCUCUUUUCCACCCUACCCCUUACAGUGCUAACACCUCGCAAAACCUAUCGGCAUACAGUUACCCAAAUCCCCGUUACCCCUCACAGGCCGUUCUUCCUAUAGGCUACAGUCCUCCCCCAGCGUACCUGCCUUCAGGUAUAAAUCCUCCUAACCCUCUUCCAACUGUGGGAUACUCAUAUCCUACCACCAGCCUGGGAGGUAGUGUCUCUGAAAGUGAUGCCCCAAGUGCAACCAACCUUUCAAAGUCAUAUUACCCAUCAACUCAAAGUGAGAUUGGAGUGUUUGAGGAGUUUGAUUUUGGCGGAAACUCUAAUUCGGACUCUAGGUCUGAAGGCAGUCCCCUCUACAGACCAUCAGGGGAUGACCCGGUGGACAAGCAAAAUGGGUUCAGCCAAUCGGCGGGUGAAACUUCAUCUUUCAAGCCAGCUAAUCACGGAGACUCUUUGAGAAGCCUGGAGACUCUCACAGUUGCCAUGAGCGGCCGGAACAAUGGUACAUCCGGGCAGCACUUCCCAUCUACCUCGACUUCUGUUGUCACUUCUCACCAACAUCUCUGCCUUGAUACAAACACACCCUGAGAGAUUGUGCUCAUACUCAAGCAGCAAUGCUUGAGUUGCUGAAGUGUGAUUGCUUCCUCGUAAUGGAUCGGAGGUAGAAAGGAGGGACUUGCUCAAAGCCAUUGUGUCGGGCCUCAAAAUACAGCUGCAUCAUGGGCAAUUCUGUCCUGGAAGACAGCAGGAGUUUAGUUUCUCCUUUCUGGAAAGAGGACUAUGAUGUUUAUGUCCCUCCUAGCCGAGCCUAACUGGUCAUUGCGAGACAAUGGCCUCCUCACUCUGCUGGAAUGGACAAACCGGUAUCCUCCAUGAUGGACACGCAUAUCUGAGAGGGAUGGAAAGAUUUCACUCCUCCAUUCCGAGAGAUAGGAGAGUACAUCAAGGGAAUUGAUAUGCCUAAUGGAUGUGUUGCGAUUACCAUGGAGACAAGGAGUCACGGUAACAGAUGUGGUGGUUGGACACUAGCUACGUAUGGUUGACCAUCUUGCCAUGGUGUACAUUCUGUGUGUGCGUGUGUUUGUGGCCUUGUAAUGGUUAUUUAUGUGGUGAGCUUUAAGUGUAAAUCCUGUUGCCCCUUUUCCACGGGAGAGUUGACAAAUCCUGCUUGUUUAAAGAGUCCAUGUGUGUGAGUGUGGGAGAGAUAAAUAAAACCUCAGGAAAGUGUCUGUCAGUUAAAUAC